AUGGGAUCGCGAAAGCGCACCCGCUCUGAAGCCAUUCCGGUGGUAGAGCAAGAAGCCCCCGAGCAGCCUGAGCUUUUGUCCAAACUUCGCAGCUCAUGGGAAUUUGCUAGUCUCAUGCAGUACAUCGCCAUUUUUGGACAAGUCAUGAAAAUUGAUGAGGAUUUCGGGAUCGAGGACCUAGAAGCCGAAUGCCUUACGCCUGAGCCCUCGCAGAAACUCUUGGAGAUUGGACUAUGCCUUCUCAAAUGGAUAUCGUCGCAUCGCGGACUCACGUUCGAUAAUUUCGACGAGUACACCCGACGUCAAUACAACGCGAAGGCACCUAAGCGCACCAAUCCCUUCGGAUACGAUGAAGAACCAAACAGAUUCCUGGAUUUCGAUGUCUUUACCAAGAUCAGUGUCCUCCAUCAGCUGACGGUUUGGACAUUCUGGAACGCCGACCGUAUUCGCGACAAGAUGCCCGAGAAGAAGGAAACUGAACAAACCGAAUGGCGCAUUGAAGAAUUUGGUUGGGAUCGUGAAGGGCGCUCAUACUACGUGCUCGACGACAACCGCCUCUACCGUCGGACCGAUCGUCCUCUGCCUCCUGCCCCCCAGCGGCCCAAAAAGAAAGCGAAGAGCCGAUCUUCGCGUGCCUCACGAGCGUCGAAGCGCACCUCCACGGCUGCCGCGGAAGAGGGUUCCGACGAGGAAAACAAGAAUACCAACGAUGCAGGUGAUUUCCCGGCCGAUUCCGACGAUCUCUUCAAGUGGGAAUGCGUGGCUGUGACUCUUCGGGAGUAUGAAGCCUUCUUGGAGACACUCCAGAAGACCAAGGACGCGGACGAGAAAUAUCUUCGCGAUAGCAUAGUGGAGCACAUCCUCCCCAUCCUGGAGAAAGCGGAGGAGGCACUACAACGCAAGCGCCAGAAACGGGACAAGGAACUUUUGAGCUUGCAACUGGUCGCUGGGGCCAAGAGAUCGAGCCGACUUGCCGCCAAGGAAGAGAAGGAACGGGAGGAGCGAGAGGCUGCCGAAGCCAUUCGCAAACAUGACGCCGAUCUAGCCGAGGCCCGCAGGGAACAAGCCAGACAGAACCAGCACGAUGAAGAUCGCCAGUCGCGGAUGAUGACUCGGGAACAACGGAUCAGAGACCGUGAGCAAAAGCGACUCCUUCACGAAGCUGAGCUGGAAAGGCUGGCGGAAGAGCAAGAGAGAAUCGAGAGUGGCGAGAGCAGAGUCUCCGCUCGGAACCUCAAGACCGAGAUGGAAAAGUCCCAAAAGAACCUAGCAGAGCUCACCCAGGAUGACCAAUGGAUCUUCGAUUGCUCUGGCUGUGGGGUUCAUGGUGAGAACUUGGAUGAUGGAAGCCAUAGUAUUGCAUGCGAAAAGUGUAAUGUGUGGCAACAUAGCAAGUGUCUAGGUGUCUCUCAGCAGGCGGCCGAAAAGGACGACUUCCAGUUUGUGUGUCGCGAGUGCAAGCAGAAACAAGACGAAGCCAACAGGCCCAAGCUGCCCCCUCUGAAAUUCCGAGUCAGCGCCUCGGCAUCCCCGUCGGCUGCUCCCGUUGAGAAGAAGCGUAAGCUGGAAGACGAUGAUCUGGCUCCUCCCUCCCCGGUGAAGAAAUCGCAUGUUGCACUUUCCAACGUUCAGAAUCAACCUCCUAGAUCGCAAUUGGAUCUUCAGCCUACUGCUGGCCAGGGCGAAUUUUAUCCACCUCCCUCGCCCCAGCGCCGGGCUCAUUACGCAGACCGAGAUACUUUACCCUCCUCAAGCCCUCCACGCCCGCCAUUUUCCCCUCCCAAGGGUAUGAAUGGCUUGUUACAUUCCAGCAUGGAGCAACACCCACGCCCUACCUCCGCACAGCACUCUCUGCCCCCAAUGCAACCCACACAUCUUCCUCACAUGGGCUCCUUCCAAUCUGUACGACCGCCCUCGUCUCAUUCCAGCCAGGGCCCGGUCCAGAACCAACCUUCAAUGUCUCCGACACAAGGCAAUCCUGACGUUGGCCCACUUGCUGGUUUCCCCCACGUUACGCCUAGCCAGGCACGUUCUUUCGAGACACCACGCCCCCAGUCAGGCCAUGCCGUGACACCGGCAAUGUCUAGCAGUUACCCUUCAUUUUCUGCUGCCACCCCCAACGGCAACCGCUCAUCGCCUCCCCAAAGCUCUCAUGGCAUGGGAAUGUCUGGCAUCAGCCCAACCAAGCAGUCUCCCCGUCCGCCCACUGCCAGUGGCAUGGCAGGUGCGCCGGUUCUGCCGCCCAUCCGCAGACUAGAGCCCAGCCCUAAACUUAUGGGUCGUAGCUCUCCAGACGCUCCUAUCCCCCCACCGGUCAAGUGCAUGACGCCUGAGCAAGAGGAGCGCCGACAAAGGGAGAACGCGUCUAUGUUCCAUCAGACGCACCAUUAUCAGGGCAAUGGUCAACAUUUGAUGUCUUCGCCAUCUCUCAACCGCAUUCCUCCUCUCGGUUCUGGGACCACUUCUCAGUACCCUGACCCCGUUCCUUCGCCUCAGCGUGGGAGCAAUCGUCAGGGCUAA